GCUCCAGCUCUGCAGGGAAAGAAAAGUGAAGUGAUUUUGAACUGUGAAACGCUUGGGCAGAGACUAUGUAAUCGCCUUGGUGUCUGAGCAGAAGGACUACGCUUCGGAGAGGGAAGAGGAGGGAUCGGCUCGCUCCUCUGGUGGCGGCAACUCGGCAGGCGGAGUUUCACGGCGGCGGCACCAGGGCUGCGCCCGCCCGAGGGGAGGUCGCUCCAUCCAGCCCCGGCGGCCGGGAGAGCCAGAGCCCCGCAGCCGGCGAAGGACACAGAGACCGAGGGCCGGAGCGCGAGGAAGUGGGCCGGAGCCCAGGAGGAGACUAGUGGCGGUCGCAAGCGUGUCGAAGGCGCUCCCCGCCGCCCCAGAGGCGCCACGCCGGGCGGCGUCAGGAAGGCAUGGAGAAGGACAGCCUGAGCCGCGCGGACCAGCAAUACGAGUGCGUGGCGGAGAUCGGUGAGGGCGCCUAUGGGAAGGUGUUCAAGGCCCGGGACCUGAAGAACGGAGGCCGUUUCGUGGCACUGAAGCGCGUGCGGGUGCAGACGGGCGAAGAAGGCAUGCCGCUCUCCACCAUCCGCGAGGUGGCGGUGCUGAGGCACCUGGAGACCUUCGAGCACCCCAACGUGGUCAGGUUGUUUGAUGUGUGCACAGUGUCGAGAACAGACAGAGAAACCAAACUAACAUUAGUGUUUGAACAUGUUGAUCAAGACUUGACCACUUACUUGGAUAAGGUUCCAGAGCCUGGAGUGCCCACCGAAACCAUAAAGGAUAUGAUGUUUCAGCUUCUCCGAGGUCUGGAUUUUCUUCAUUCUCACCGAGUAGUGCAUCGCGAUUUGAAACCACAGAACAUUCUGGUGACUAGCAGUGGACAAAUAAAACUAGCUGACUUCGGCCUUGCCCGGAUCUACAGUUUUCAGAUGGCGCUUACCUCAGUGGUCGUCACGCUGUGGUACAGAGCUCCAGAAGUCUUGCUUCAGUCCAGCUACGCCACUCCCGUGGAUCUCUGGAGUGUUGGAUGUAUAUUUGCAGAAAUGUUUCGUAGAAAGCCUCUUUUUCGUGGAAGUUCAGAUGUUGAUCAACUAGGAAAAAUCCUGGACAUAAUUGGACUCCCAGGAGAAGAGGACUGGCCUAGAGAUGUUGCCCUUCCCAGACAGGCUUUCCAUUCAAAAUCUCCCCAACCAAUUGAGAAGUUUGUAACAGAUAUUGAUGAACUAGGCAAAGACCUCCUUCUGAAGUGCUUGACAUUUAAUCCAGCCAAAAGAAUAUCCGCCUACAGUGCCCUGUCUCACCCAUACUUCCGUGACCUGGAAAGGUGCAAGGAGAACCCGGAUUCCCACCUGCCGCCUGGCCAGAACCCCUCAGAGCUGAACACAGCCUGAGGCCUCAGUGGCUGCCUUGAGCUAAUUGUGCCCAGAAUGCCCUUGGUGGCUGGCAGGUGCCCCUGGGAAGACCCCUCAGAGCUGAUGAGGAUCGCCAUCCGGAGGCCUUGCAGCUGCUGUCUUCUGGAUGGGCCCUGCUUCUCCAAGGAAACCGCCUAGUUUACUGUUUUGAAAUCAAUGCAAAAAUGAUUGCAGCUUUAUGUUCAUUUGUUUGUCUGUCUGUCUGUCUGUUUCAAGAACCUGGAAAAGUUCCAGAAGAAGAGAAGCUGCUGACCAAUUGUGCUGCCAUUUCAUUUUUCUAACCUUGAAUGCUGCCAGUGUGAAGUGGGCAAUCCAGGCACAGCUGAGUUAUGAUGUAAUCUCUCUGCAGCUGCCAGGGCCUCAUUUGGUACUUUUGAGUGAGUGAGUGAGAAUGUGUGUGUCUGUGUGUGUGUGUGUGAGAGAGAGAGAUUCUGUGAUCUCUUAAAGUGUUACUUUUUGUUAGCGACAUAGAAUAAUUGAAUAUUAAAGACUCAAGGUGACUGAUAAAUAAUGUUGACUGAAGGGGAUUCAUCAGAAUGGGUUUCUCAAAUUAGGAGGUUGAGCCUAUGUCCUCAGCAUUUCUUUUCUGGAUAAAAGCAGUAAACUUGCUAGCAGUAAAAGAUUCACUAUCUAGUUGAAGUUUUAUAUACACAGCAAAAA